AUGCCCGAAACGAGCGAACCGCGACCAAACGACGAUGGUGGUAUUGGUGGGCAGGGUACACCUGGUGGGGGCUUCAUCACCCUCACGGUUCCAUCGAUCGUGGAAGACUUAGACGGUGGACCUCCAACACCGACGGGUUCGUUCCAGAAGCGACCACCUUCGGUGCAUUCUACUGGUCGUGUGCCACCGCCACCUAUCCUGCGUGCGAUAUCGAUGCAACCUUCGACCGGGGUGGCGUCCCAUCACGUGCCACCACCUUCAACACCUGAGGAGAAGUCGAAGUUCACGCGCAGGUACGUGGCCGGUGUGACUGGUAUUAGCUACGCGCUGUUCCUGAUCGUGUUUGGGCUGAUCGCCUUCAUCACCGAUGCGGUCGAGAACAACGCUCGUUACCCACUCGCGGAGGUGUUCGCACUGUACAUGGUCACGGUCGGUAUCGUGUACUUCGUGUUCUUGUACGUCGACAUCCGGCUGUAUGUGAGCCGAGCACAAAAAGCCUUCGAGGAGCUGGAACGCCGUCGGCAGCAGUUUGAGAUGCCAACUGAGAAUGGAGGACCUGCCGUGCUGGCACCUUUGGAACCUGUGCGACAUGAUUACUGCUUUGUGACGGGACGGCAUGGUGAGAUCAUCUAUCUGAAGUUAGGUGCAACCUGGUUUUGCUUUGGGUUGCUCAUCCACUCGGUACUGCUGCUGUCGUACCAGGGUAUCCUCAUGAACAGUCGUGACGGAAAGUGGGCUGAGUGCGCAUCCAACACUACCAUCGCGAUGGAGGUGUUGUUCCUGUUCUACUGCCUGUUUCUAAUCUUCUUCUUCUGGAAGUACGCCAACAUCGUGAUCAACCGUUACCGCGGAAUGGCUCGAUUUGGAAUCAUGCACGCUAUUGGCACAGCACUCGCUUUCUGGGUGUUGACGAUCGUACGUGAGACUGUGGUGGCCAUCCGCAUCAAACAGUCGUACUACGAGGACGACGUCGUCGGAGUUCCUGUGGAGGGCGACCGAGAUGCGUCCAUGAUCGCUCCAAACGAUUGUCCAGGACCUGAGGAGCUCAACCAGGUGUUGGCAUCCUUCUCGCCGUAUCUAUACCCGUUUGUGAUUGAGUUCAAUAUCCUCAUCGUUGGGCUGUUGUAUAUGAUCUACGCCAACAUCAGUAAGUGCCCGAAGAAGAUCACGGUGCGAGGUCAUCACGGGAAUGCGCACUCCUCCAGAGCUGGUGGCAGUGUGGUUGACUUCGAUGGUCGAAGUGAGUAUAGUGACCACUGUGAGGACACCCUGGACCACGAGGCUCAGGUGAAGUCGAGGCUGGUUGUGUAUGGAGACUGUCAACAUGCAAGCCGCGGGCUGUUCGCUGGAUUGCUGCUUGUCGUCGCCACCAUCGUUGUCAUCAUCCUGUUCCACAUCGCGUCACGUGACGAUGACUACCGCGACACUGGCAUCCUAUUGGACGGAAUUUUCGAGGUGACCGUGCUAGGGAUCAUGAUCCUGGCCACGGUUAUCGCCUACUACCAGACGUCCCGGCUCGACAUCAACCCACAUCCAAUCUCGCGCCUUGACGACGUCCUGCUGUUCAUCGCCAUCCCUGCCUUCUUCUCUGAGACGCUCUUCAGUAUGAUUCCCGCGUUCGAGAACGGUUCCAUCCUGAACGGGUUCAUCGUAUUCACGCAGAUAGUGCAGGUGCUGUUGCAGACACCGUGGAUCUGUGACGCUCUACGACGUUGCUCAAACACCGAGGAACUGCAACGCACCAAACCCGGCAAGGAGCUGGUCACGUUCAUGACCAUCGCGAACGUCUCGCUGUGGGUGUACUACACCUUCUCCGUGAAAACGGGCGAUUUCGGAGAUGAGCGGUACGACUACUACGGUGACGUGCUGUGGUCGAUCCUAAACCACCUGUCAUUGCCGCUCAUCAUGUUCUAUCGCUUCCACUCGUCCGUGUGCCUGGUAGACAUCUGGCGUCAUUCGUACGAGCCUGGCGAGAUGGCUCACUGA